ACAUCAAACGUCAUAAUGCGACUUAUUGUAUCUGUGGAUGAUUGUUGAAAGUAAAUGUUUUUUUCUUGAAUUUUAUUUGUUCAGUAGUUCUUGCGGUGGAUUUUGCAAAUAAUAUUGAAUCGAAAAUAGCCAGUGGAUAUGUGAUUUGACAUUUAAACCAACUGCCGGUCAAUUAGCUUUUAUAUUUUUGUAAUGUUCACGAAUCGGCGUUAUAGGUUAUAAAACAUUCGUCAUCAACCUAUCACCUGGUUAUGCCAAACUUAUUUUUAGCUUCUAAAAAGGCUAAAACGAGGCUGUGUUAAUAGUUAAAAGUGUUAUUUAAUAAACUGACUUUACAUUUGAAGUGAUAAAGUCAAGAAAAUGGGUCUGAUUAUAUCAAGAUUUCGCCGCAAGAAAACAACGAUAGACAUCCUAGAACGACUCGAAACCGAUAUAAAGAGGAUCGAAAGAGAUGGCCAAUACAAGGAACAGACCCACAAGAGGGUCAUUGGAUACAUUAUGGCGUACUCGGUCGGUUUAUACGUCCUGUUUGCCAUUUUAUACUAUUACAUGUACGUUGGAAAGAGUCAGCAUUGGAUGUAUUCUCUUCUGUACGCGUCGCCGCUUCUCGUUCUGCCUGUGUUAGUAAUAUUCCUUAGAUCAGCAAUAUCUUGGUACUACAAUUGGUCGCUAAACAAGAACAGGAUCAAACUAUCGAAGAUGAGAGAAGAGAAAAAGAAGAUAUUGGAAGAAGUUAUGAAUACUGAGACGUACAAAGUUGCAAAAGAGAUCUUAGACAAAUACGGUAGUCCUGAGGAGCAAUCGAAAGCGCUGAAGCCUUUCGUACCAUCGACGAAUGUGCCCGGUAAUACCCCUAGCACGCCGGUCCCAGCGACUCCCGGCCAACUGCGCCAACGUCAGCUGGCGAUGCAGACGUCGACUCCGAUCAACAACAACAGGAUGCUGGUGCCCGUCGUCAACUCGCCCAACUCUGUCUACAAGGGGCCCAGGCUUAGGUCGGAUCAGCUGCCUCGUCCGCUGCCGGAGAGGAACCGCUCUGCUCUAGACAAAGUGGUGGACUUCCUGCUCAAGGACGGGCCAAACCAUCGCAUGGCUCUCAUCUGUUCCGAGUGCUCGUCGCAUAAUGGCAUGGCGAUGGCUGAAGAGUUCGAGUACGUGUCGUACGUGUGCGCGUACUGCGGCCGCCUGAACCCGGCGCGCAAGCAGCGCCCCGCCGCGCCGCUACUGGCCGCCCGACCGCUGCCCGCGCUGCCCAAUACUUCUGUACAGGGAAGCGGCGAUGACUCGUCUCUCGCGAGCUCGGCAAGCGACAGUGAUGACGACAAACACGCCGAUACUGUCAGGCAACAUGGUUCAGAAGGCGAUUCGGAUCGGCCCCCUUCGACAGAAGGGUCCCCGAAACCGGAACAAGACAAGAAAGAAGACUGAGCAACGUCAAUUUGCAACAAUUAUUAUACAAACAUUGCAGUGCAUGCGAGGUAACAUUAGUGCGGUGUGAUUGACAGGGGAAUCUAUACGUUGUGUCUUAGAGAGUAGAGUUCAAUUUUGAUUGGGAUUGUUAAGGUUUUGUGUAUUGGAAUAUGUGACUUAUGUCUUAUAUUUGUAGGUUGAUUUUCGUUGGGAUUACUUGGGGUCUGGUUAGUUCGAUCGUGGUAUAGAAAAAUACGCCUUAUGUGGUAUAGUUAAAAGUUUAAUUUCGAUUGUGUUUGCAAGGGUUCUUGUUACUUUGUUUGUGGGUUCGGAAAAGUGUGAAACAGCUUGAAGAAAUAAGGCAAUUUAAAAAUUAGUUUUGGGGGUCAGUCGUACAGAAAUGUUUGGACAAUUGGGUAAAAGUGAUGUUUUAACAUGGAAUUAGUUUAAUAUUUUGAUGUUUUUAAUUCUAAAUUUCGGUAGUUUGAUUGGUUUUCGAAGUAAAAUACUGUGUGUGAACUAAAUGGGAAAAUGAAUGAAAAACCUUAACAUAAUGUUACUCAAUUUUAAACUUUACACCAUCAACUUAAAACACAUAAUAACCCUGUCAAACACACCGUAAACCGUAUCAUCUACACGGCGGGAUAGACAUACAGAAUUAUCUACAAUAUUUAAUUAUUAUUAUUAAUUUAUUUCUCCUAUUUAUUAUUUAACAAUUAACAAUGUAGUCUCGAAAGAAAGUCUUUAUUGUCUCGAGUUUUAAAUAUAUAAGAUGAGAUCAGAAACGUCAAAAUGUCAGACUGUAGUCUAACAGCCGAAAUUAAUAACUGAUUUCUGGAUUAAAGGGCCCCCAAGCCUUAUAAGUCGGCAACGCAAGUAUAACUUCUUCGGUAUUUCAUGUGUCCAUGAGCCCUUAAAAGUCAAUAUAAAUGUAAUUGCUCUGGUAUUGCGGGUGUUCAUAGGCCCCCAAUUGUUAAAGGUCGGCAACGAAAGUGUAACUCUUUUGGAAUUGUCUGUGUCCAUGGACCCCCAAGCCUUAAAUGUCGGCAACGUAAGUGUAACUCUGGUAUUGCGUAUGUCCAUGGACCCUCAAUCCUUAAAGGUCGGAAACACACUUGUAAUUCCUCUAGUUGUGUGUGAACAUGUAUCCCUAAUCCUUAAAAAUCCGCAACGCACUUGUAACUCUGGUGUCGCAUGUGUUAAUGGGCUCCCAAUCCCUAAAAAUCGGCUAAGCACGUGUAACGCCUCCGGUGUUGCUGGUACGUAUCCUUGGGCGGCGCCGAUUGCCUACCAUAAGCUCGUUAGUGUAACUAUUCUGGUAUUGCGUUUGUCUAUGGACCCCUAAGAACUCUAACUUCCUUAAAGAUUAGCAAAGCACUUGUAACUCUGGUGCUUACCAUCAGGUAAUUCGUCAGCUCGUUUACCCCUAUAAAACAAUCCCAGUUAAGAUUUUGAAUUGAAUUGAAAUCGGUUAUUAAUUUCAGGCUAUAAAAGUGAGACGUAAUCGUCUGAUAUUAUAGCGGUUAGCACAAAAAGAUGAGAGAGGAGAGAAUUACAGAAUUCUGAUUUGUGAAGUCUCAAGCGGUCUCGAAUUCGAUUCCUGGGUUGAUAGCAUGGAGUCUGAAACUGCGUCCCAGUAUCUAGCAAUAGGCUUUUAAAUGGAACUUGAUAAAGUAACUGGUGUUUGCUUUACGUUGAACGAAAACGAGACGAGAGCGCGUUCGGCGCUCUGAUUGGUUGGUUCAUUCACGUCGACCAAUCAGAGCUCAAUCUCAAGCCAAUCAAACUCAUAUUAAAGGUUCAUACGUGAGUAAGAAAGACAUACAAAUCAGAUUUCUGUCUUUAUUAAGAUUGAAAAGCGUUGCAAAAGGUACUACUAGCGUUAGCAUUCGAAACGCAGCGUAGACGUUGCGUAAUCGCAGCGUUUACGCAGCUACAGAUUUUGUUUUCUCACACGUAGACUUUGGUAUUCUAGUAUGAAUGUUGAAAAAUGAUAUUUAUUUGUCAAGAAUUUGAGAUGAAACUUGUAUAGCAUGAUAUAAAAUGGUGUCCAAAUGCAUGUAACAUAAAUGACACCUUAUGUUAAUGUCAAUAAGGUACAAAAUAACAUUUAUCAACAUUUAUCUUGAAUGUAAUGUCUAUUUAGAAUUUGUUUAAACCCUUGAUUUGACGUCGGACAAUAAAUUUGUUGAGAUAUUGUCAUUUUUUGGUGUUGUGCAUAAACCUCUUAGAAUAAAAUGUUAUGGAUGGAUUGAAUUUAUAAUUCGAUGCUGGUGUCAGGUUCGAUGCUCAAUGUAAUACCAAGUAAAGUAAUAUUUGUUUUAAUUUUCAAACCUUUCAUCAUCAUCAUCAUCAUAUCAGUCACAAGACGUCCACUGCUGAACAUAGGCCUCUCCCAAUGACUUCCAGAUAGGCCGGUUGGAAGCGACCUGCAUCCAGCGACUCCCUGCGACCUUAAUCAGGGGCCUUAGUCUGCUAUUACAAUUGUGUCAGAAUGGUCGAUCACUGAGCAGUGCGAGAGGGACGGAGCUAUACAACCUUCAUAGCUCCGUCCCUCUCACAAGGCCCCAGGUCUUGUGUCAGAUGCUUGGCAUGAAACUCGCUUUCUAUUACAUUUCGCCUGAAAGUGGGAAUACGUCUUGAGUUUUAAUAAAGUAAGUUACCUUCCUUCGUAUACUUCCAAUUUUUAUCAAUAUAUUGUCUUUACAUUAUACCUUUUUACGUAGAUAUAUUUUCUUUGUCUCGUACCUACUAAAAUGGGUCCCAAAAAGUAGACAUAAUAAUAAAUGCACAUGUGACGCCUUUGGUGUUGCGGGUGUCCAUGGGCGGUGCUGAUCGCUUACCAUCAAUAAAAAAACAUACAAACAGCCGAACAUAGUACCUCCUCCUUUUUGUGAAGUCGGUAAAAAUUUACUAGUUUGCUCGUUUGCCACUUAUUCCAUAAAAAAACUUCUCAGACUUCUGUAUAAAAAUGUCAUGGUAUUUUAUAAAUUCAAUCCAUCCAUUUUAACUUCCAACGAAUAAAAAAGGGAAUAAGCUUUUUACAAACAAACAAACAAAUAAACAAACAUACAAUAAUAUAAUAAUUUUAAUAAAUAAUACAAUUUACGUGCCUUGUAAACGAUAAAUUAAUUAUUAUUAUCUAUUCAUUUGAGUUUCAUCCGUAGUUAAUAUGGAUAGUUUUAAAUUUAAAUACACAGAUAAUAUUGUACUAGAUACGACAUUGUUUUUGAGACUGGUAAUGCCAUCAGAUGUCAUUAUAUCUGUCGUAGUGGCCCGGAGGUUUAAGACGCCCGCUUCUCAUACAUGAGGGUUCGAAACCUACCAACGGCAAGUACCAAUGUAACUUUUUCCGAGUUAUAUGUACUUUCUAAGAUUAUUUAGACACCAUUGAUUAACGGUGAAGGAAAACGUCGUGAGGAAACCUGGGCUUAUAAUUUCUAAUUAUAAGUUUGAAAUCGUCAACUUGUAUUGAUCAAGCGUAGUGAUUAAUGCUCAAACCUUCUCCGUGUGAGACGAGGCUUUGGUCAGCAGUGGCCACUUAUAGGCUGUUGAUAAGAUUCGGCUAUUUAUAUCAUUCGUAUCUAGUACAAUAUGUUUCUGUGUAAAGUACAACAAAACAAACAAACUGCCCCAUUGAUAGAUUCGCUGUAGUACGUUUAGAUACCAUCUGUAGUUGUCAUCGUGUCGCAUCAUUAUUCGUUUAGCCGUUUCGUAGCUUAGCGGGCGUAGUUGUGAUGGUAAUGUAAUACUUUAAUAAUUCUAUUAGAAACAAUCAAUUUUUUACAUGAUAGGUAAAGUUUAUUGAAUUAUAAAAUUGAUGAAAUUAUUUAUUUCAUAUCGGAUUAAUUAUUAUGUUAUCGGCUUUCUCACGUAACUGUUUAACGAGGAACUCGACUAGUUUUAAGCCAUACUAGAGGCUCAUAUUCAAACAGUUACGUGAGUAAGCCGAUAGCAUAAUCUAUGAAAAAAUUAACCCAAUAAUAAUUAAUAAUGAAAUAAUAAUUCAACUAUUGAAGUUUUGACAUUAAUAACCUUAUUAUGACAUUGAAUAAUGAACACAUAAGUGUAAAAAAUUGAUUGUUUCUUUUCAUAAAAUAAAAUAUUUAGGGCGGCUUGCGCAACAUUUGGUCUAAACAGAAUUUAGUUAAAUGUGUUUAUCUUGCUAAAUAUGUUUAACCUAAAUACAAUUAAAAAUCUCUUGCUCAUGUCCGUAUGGAUGGUAAUUUAACUAAUCAUAGUUAGAGAGUCGGUAAUGCAGUUUCUUGCGUUCCUUUUUACACUUUCGUGCGUUGUAGAUUUGACUUAGAGCAAAAUUGUUGCAUUUCUUAAAACAAAAAUGCGUAAUAUGGACCGACGAACUUUCAACUGACACAUCAAGUCAACCGAGCUGUCACACAUUGUGCUGUUGUGAUUUGUGAAUUGUUCUCGUGGUAUUUUUUAUUGAUUAAUAAUUAUUUUAGUUGAGUCAUAGUUACCAUAAAAAAGUGUUUAUUCUAGGGCCCGGGGCCUAAUAUUACAAAAGAAUAACUGAUAAUACUGCUUGCAGCGAUGGAACCAUAUACCCAUAUUAUUGAGUGCAAAAAGACUGACCAAAUAAAACAGAGUGAAAAGCAAAAUGACUAGGUCAAAAUAGCUAUUAUUUAUUGAAUAUCCAUUAAUAAAAGUACUUUUCCUUACUUGUUGCUAGUUUUUAUUUAUUAAUAUUUAUUGAAUAUCCAUUAAUACAUACAUAUCGUCACGCCUUUAAGCCACACAUUAUGUUUACACCCAAUUUUCACAAUUUAUGUUGUAAGUCCCAUAUAAUGUGUGGUGAGCCUAUUGCCUUAUACCGGGCACAUGUCCAGACUCCGUGCUACUACUGAGAAAUUUUCGAAAAACCGAAAAAAGCCCAGUAAUACUUAGUCCGACCCGGGAGUCGCACUUGCAACCACUCGACCAACGAGGCAGUACAUAUCCAUUAAUAAAAGUACAUUUCCUUACUUGUUGCUGGUUUUUAAAUGUGGGGCUAUUUGUUGUAACAAAAAUAUAGUGGUUUCUUUCGUUAGACGAAACCUUCUGAAGAAUUUGUGGUCUGAAUACAUUCCAAAUAAGUCUGCUCUCUCAAACAAUUCCCUCGGUCUGUUAAUAUAUUCUAUAAUCUCCUCAUCGUCGUCAGAAUACAAUUCCCACAAAUCCAUCUUACAAACUUCCUACCGACCUCUUUACAAUGUUUUAUAAAAUAAUAGUAAAAUGUCUAUAACCUGAAAACUAUGACGCGUGAUUAGUACUAAACGUAUUUAGCGAAGCUAAAUAGCCAUCUUUGGGUAUUUAACUUUGACAGUUCGAUAAAUAUGAUUAGUGCCUAAAUUUUUGUUGUGCAAGACGCUAAAUGUAAUUAGCAGACUAAAUGCGUUUACGUCACUCUUAAACUGUAUUUAGCGACGAUGCGCAAGCCGCCCUUAUUGUGCUAUUUAAUAGUAAAAGGAGUUUGGAAAUUAAUUUAUACAUAAUUUCAUAGUAAGCACUCGAAUCGAAUCUUCAUAGAUUUAGGCUCGAAUACUCAAACGCUACUUAAUUUAUAGACACGUUUAGAAAACUUGUAUGUGUGGGAGAGCCAUGCUUCAGCACGAAUGAGCCGGCUCGACCGGAGUGAUACCACGGCCUCACAGAAAACCGACGUGGAACAAUGUUUGCUUUCUGUUUCGUUGUGUGAGUGAGGUUAUCGGAGGCCCGGAAAACGUACAGCCGGUUGUACUGAAUCUAGGAAGCUGAAACAUAGCAAGUAUUGUCCUUAGGAAGUGUGAAGAAGCACUUAGAAGGGAUUAUUAACCUUUUUAAUGAGGGGGAAAAUUAUCUAAUGACUUCUGACGCAAAUAUCAGAGGUAUCCCAAUAUUUAAGCACAUACAACUUAAAAUUAAGUAGCAUUUCAGUAUUUGGGCGUUAACUAGACAUUAUUUAUUCAGUUCUUGGCUGGUACUUAAUGUAAGUAGGUGUAGCUAUUUAUUUACCGAUCAACCAGGGACGUACUAAGGUCGGUGUGGGGCCCCCAUAAUGAGAAGCGUAUAACGAACGGGCCCCUGCUAGAUAAUGCUUAUGUUGCUUCUAAAAUGGUUAAUAGCUAAUAAAUAUGCAUUUUGUCUAUUAAAUAAAUGCAAUAAUGUGCCAAACUAACACUUCUUUUUCACACAACUAAAAUCAUGACAAAUAUACUGUAUUGUGAUGAAAUAUAUUAAUUAUUAGCUACGUUAUUACGUCCCUGGAUCCAAUGCCUUCCAUCUUCCACGUGAUUUAAGAGCAACAAAAAUAAUGUGUGAAUUUAGUAAAAAAUAUAUCCAAAUGCCUCAUUACAAUUUUUUCCAAACAGAAAAUUGCUUAUGUAGGCCCCAAAAACAAGGAUUUUUUUUACUUAAAAUAACUAUGUAGGAGUUUUUAUUGUAAUUCAAUUGGAAAAGUAACUGAUAAGUUGGUUUUUACAAUUUUUAUUUUCUUUUUAAAAACAUUGAUGAUUUGUACAGGUUUUUCUUUUUUAUUUAAGAGAUGUAGUUAUUUUUUUCUUUCUUUUCGUAAUUUGGUAAGGGAUUUCGUUUGAUUAAUAUUAUUGUAGUAAUUAUUAAAAUUUCUCUUUGUUUAGGCAUUAAAUACAUUUGAUGUGUUCUUUGUACGAAAAAUUCCAUUUUAUUUAUUAACAGAACUAACAAAAAUAUGUUUCAGACAUUUUGAAAAUAGCGGUGGAUUUGUAGACAAGUGUCAUCGUCACACAAAUUAAAAAACUAACGAGUCAGUGCUACCAACUUAACGGUAACACCGCUAAAUUCAAAAUGGCUGCCUUUCGCAGAAGCGUAUACUCAAAAUGCUUUUUUUUCUAGUCAAAAUACUAAUUUGCGUUUCGAAAUCAAAGAUGAUCGCUGCAUUUAUCUUUAAAGUUGUCAAAUGUCAUAGUUAUGUCAUAAUAUUAUAUGACAUCAGAUGGAAAGUUGUAAUUAAAAUCUAUAAAAGUGAUUUUCGUGUUCAAAACUGUUUUGCAAUUUAAAAUAUUUGACCAUUGUUAUGUUUGGAGUCAUUUACAGAAAUAUUUAAUUAAUUAUAUUGGCAUAAACACCAAGUUUUGUAAACAAAUGUGGUAUACAGACAACAUAUUAUGGUAAUAAUUUAAGAUUUUAUUAACAAAACUAAGGUCGAGAUAAAACUGUUAUUUAAGUGUGAUUUCGCUAAGAAUUUUACUUUUUGUGGUUAAAAUGGAAGAUACAAAAUGCUAGAGAAAGUCAAAUGUCAUUAAAAAAAGAUUAUCAGCCUUAUUAUUUUAUAAUAACGUUGAAAAUCUAUUAGAAAAAUCUCUGCGUUAAUAUCUUAUUCAAAUGUCACAUAUACUUUCAUUAAUUUGUUUUAUCUCGACUUUUAUUUUCAUAAACCUUACACUACAAACCCUAAAUGGUUUCUCGAUAACGUGUUCCUCUGUUAUUUAGAUAUGAAAUAUUUCAUUAGUUUUAAAUAAACUUUGUUUUGUAACCCUAGACAUUCCCAAAUUAACAUUUUUGGCAUUCAUAGAAUAAUUUGUAUCGUAAAAUAGGUUUUAUCCAUGGAGUUUUUUUUUAUAUUUUAUUAAUAAAUUAGUCAUUUAUGUUAUGUUAUGUGUAAUGGAAAUAACAUUUAUUGUAACAUGAACGAUUCUUAUAAUUGAUAAUACAAAUUUUUGCACGCAAUUAGGAAUAGGUGAUUAUUUUUUAUUUGUAAAAUGGCUGUUUGUAAAAGACAUUUUAUAUUUUCGUAAUUCAAAGAUGGCGUUCCUAUGGUAUUGUAUCGAUACCGGCCAUUUAUUAAUUAAUUUCUUUAUAAAGAUGAAUAAUAAGCAAUAAUAAAAUUAAUCGAAGCCAUUUUACAAACAAAAAUGUUGUUAUUACGAAUAAAUUCCUAUUCCAAUCACAAGUUUGACAAUAUAAUGAGUAUCAAAACCUCCUUGGUUACCGGUUAUGGCGGAAAAUGAAAAUUAAAAAGUAAAGAGCGUUGUGGUAUGUGAAGAAUUCUCAUGAUAUUGUAAAUAAUGUGAGUCAAGCGAAUAGUGUUGUUGAAUUUGUUAUUUAUUGCUUGUAUCGUUGAUUAGCUAUUUUAUAAUGGAACUAAUAUACAAGUACCCAGUUA